AACACACCAUCUCAUGCAAGUUAAGGCAUAAGUUAAAACAACAAGAUGACUAAACUUGCAGUUUUUCACUGUUUGUUAGGCUCCGUCUGCCUUCUGUGCAUUGGCUUCAGUACUGAUGCUAAUAACCAGGUCGACAACCUUUACAGGUUGAUCAUGUCAAGAAGGUCACAGAACCCACCUCUUGCCGUUUCUUGGGCAAAACUUGGUACAACAGAGGAGCAUCUGACCAUGUUUGACAAGCCGCAAGAUGGAUCGAUGGAAGCUGAUAGGAUCCUUAAGUUGCCAGGGCAACCAAAAGGGGUGAAUUUUAAUCAGUACUCAGGAUAUGUUACAGUUGAUCCCAAGGCUGGAAAAGCUCUUUUCUAUUAUUUUGUUGAGUCCCCAAAGAACUCUUCCACUAAUCCUUUGGUCCUGUGGCUCAAUGGAGGGCCAGGAUGCUCCUCUUUUGGUUAUGGAGCCAUGAUGGAACUAGGACCCUUCAGAGUCAAGAAAGAUGGUAAAACACUCUUUAGAAAUAACUAUUCAUGGAACAAUGUGGCCAACGUGGUCUUCUUGGAGUCUCCAGCUGGUGUUGGGUUUUCAUACUCAAACACAACUUCAGAUUACCAACGAACGGGUGACAUAAGCACUGCAAAAGAUGCCUAUACUUUUCUUGUCAAGUGGCUCCAAAGGUUUCCACAAUACAAAACCAGGGACUUCUUCAUAGCAGGGGAGAGCUAUGCUGGCCACUAUGCGCCUCAACUGGCAUACACCAUUCUCCUCAACAACAAGAAUGCAAAGAGAACCAUCAUAAAUCUCAAAGGCAUAGCUAUAGGGAAUGCAUUGAUUGAUGAUGCUACACAUAUGGUGGGGAUAUUAGAUUAUUUAUGGACACAUGCCAUGCUCUCUGAUGAAACCAACAAAGGCAUCCAUUCUUACUGUGAUUUUACAAAUUUAAGUAUAUCUACCCAAUGUGGGAGAUUUUUGGGUAAUGCUAUUGAUGAAAUUGGUGAUGUUGAUCUGCACAACAUUUAUGCAACACCCUGCCUCAAUGCUUCAUCAAAAAAUAGAUCAAAUGGUUCUAUUUAUAAUCCCGAUCCAUGUUCAGAGCACUACAUCAACUCAUAUUUGAAUAUCCCUGAAGUGCAAGCAGCUCUUCAUGCUAAUCGAACAACUUGGGGCUACUGCAGCUAUUUUACUUGGACUGAAAGCCCGAGUACCAUCCUACCCAUCAUCGAGCAUCUAAUGGCGAGCGGUAUAAGGGUAUGGAUUUACAGUGGGGAUAUAGAUGCUGUCGUGCCAAUUACUUCAUCCAGGUACUCCAUUAACACCCUCAAGCUUCCCAUUGUUUCGGCUUGGCGUCCAUGGUACACCAACUAUGAGGUGGGUGGAUAUGUGGUACAAUACAAAGGAUUAACGUUAGCGACAGUAAGAGGAGCUGGACACAUGGUUCCAACCGACCAACCAGAGAGAGCAUUAACCAUGAUCUCUUCUUUCCUCCGAGGACACUUACUUCCUUCCUCAUCGUGACACGAGAAUUGUAGAAUGAACCGAACCCUCCAAGUGUCGGAUACCUGGUGUAUGGGUCUUUGCUAAAUAAGGUUAGCAGAAUGAAGCCAUUGCAAGAUUAUUAUGUCAUCUAUUGUAUGCAUGUAGCAUCCUUUUAUCUUUUGAAGUUAUAAAUAUGCAAAAUCUUGAGGAACAAUAAAGCAAUAUUACUCUUUAGUUUUC